AUGGCCCGUACCAAGCAGACCGCUCGUAAAUCCACCGGUGGUAAAGCGCCCCGCAAACAGCUCGCCACCAAGGCGGCCCGCAAGAGCGCGCCCGCCACCGGCGGCGUCAAGAAGCCCCAUCGUUACAGGCCCGGCACCGUCGCCCUCCGUGAGAUCCGUCGCUACCAGAAGAGCACUGAGCUUCUGAUCCGCAAGCUGCCCUUCCAGCGUCUGGUGCGUGAGAUCGCUCAGGACUUCAAGACCGAUCUGCGCUUCCAGAGCUCUGCCGUUAUGGCUCUCCAGGAGGCCAGCGAGGCUUACCUCGUCGGUCUCUUCGAGGACACCAACCUGUGCGCUAUCCACGCCAAGCGUGUGACCAUCAUCAUAUUUUUCAACCCGCCCAUCGCAAUGACCGGUCGCGGUAAGGGAGGUAAAGGUCUGGGGAAAGGAGGAGCCAAGCGCCACAGGAAGGUGCUCCGUGAUAACAUCCAGGGUAUCACCAAGCCCGCCAUCCGUCGUCUCGCCCGCAGAGGUGGCGUCAAGCGUAUCUCCGGCCUGAUCUACGAGGAGACCCGCGGUGUUCUCAAGGUGUUCCUCGAGAACGUGAUCCGUGACGCGGUCACCUACACCGAGCACGCCAAGAGGAAGACCGUCACCGCCAUGGACGUCGUCUACGCUCUGAAGCGUCAAGGCCGCACCCUCUACGGUUUCGGAGGUUAA